AGCAGCACUGGCACAGGUACACUGAGAAGAUGGACAGAAUGUGUGAGGAGGCGUUCAGACUGAAUGUGAAGUGGUCACUACAGGAGCUGUCCAGGGCCAUCAAUGGAGACGGCAAGACUGCCCCCAACCCGCUGUUCAAGGUGAAGGUGGUGUUGGAAGGAGACAAGGUUGAGUUUAACCCCACAUUGAAGCAGCUGGCGUUCAUCGUGACAGCCAUAGGAUCCCACCUGACUAAGACUAUCUCCAGUAUACGUAGGCUGCCAGACCUGCUCACGAAGAAAAAAUCUACCAAAGAUCCCAUCCAUGAUGUUGUGGCCAGAGACGAGGAGAUCAGGAAGAUCCAGAACGCCAUCAAGACAGGAAUGGCGACCAAUGCCACCAGUCUCCAGGAGUACCUGACCACCUGGGACAACUACCGCGAGAUCUGGGAGAUCAACAAGGACGCCUUCAUCAGGAGAUACCAGAAACUGAACCCACAGGUGUCCUCUUUCCACGCUGAUAUUGAAAGAUACACUGAGGUAGCUAACAAUGUUCAGACCCAGGAGACCAUCCUAAACAUCCAGUUUGUUCUGUUAGACUGUUCUCCUCUCAAGUACUCUAUCCUCAGUCACUGCCAAGAAUGGCAGAACAAGUUCACAACGCUGCUCAAGGAUAUCGCUACCUCCAAACUGAACGAGCUGCACAGCUUCCUGCAGGAUAACGGGGCAAAGGUAAGCAAACCACCCCAGACCCUGGAUGAGCUGGCCGACACCCUGACCCUGUGGGAGACCCUGAACAGUGACCUGAGCAGUGUGGAGGCCAAGUUUGCCCCUCUCUACGACCAGUUUGCCAUCUUGACCAAGUAUGAGGUGCCAGUGCCAGAGGAGACGACAGCUAUGUUAGAUGAACUUCCUAACAAGUGGGUGGAAUUCCAGCAGACUCUGAUAGAUGCUGAUGCGAUGCUGAAGAAAAAUAAGGAGAAGUUCAAGACGGGACUUCUGGCGCAGGCAGAGGAGUUCAAGAAACAGGUGGCAGCACUGCUGUCAGACUUCAGUAAGAACGGGCCGUUCAGUGGCAGUCUUGGCACAGAGGCGGCGCUGGUGCAGGUGGCCGAGAUCAAGGCUCAAGUGAACAACUUCAAGGAGCAGGAACAACAACUACGGCGAGGACUUGGUAUCUUCAAGAUUGAUCAGCCGCCAUCUAAGGAUAUUGGAGUACUGGAGAAGGAUAUAGAGAGUAUAGAGACAGUGUGGGAGAUUACUAAGGAGUGGGAAGAACACUGGGACCAGUGGAAACAGGGGAAGUUCUCUGGACUACAAACAACAGAAAUGGAAGAUCAGUGUCAGGUGCUGUUCAAGAAGCUGUCUAAGCUAUCACGUGAACUAAAGGACAAGAGUUGGGAGAUUGUGGAGCAGAGUAAGAAUAAAGUGGACCAGUUUAGGCGUACCAUGCCUCUGAUCAGUGACCUGAAGAAUAAAGCUAUGAGACCCAGACAUUGGACACAGAUCAGGGAAGACAUGCAAAGGAGUUUUGACCCUGAGUCAGAUGAUUUCACCCUGGAAAAGAUCAUCGAGUACGGUUUUGACCAGUACAGUGAGCAGAUCAAUGAUAUCUCUGGCGCCGCCACUAAAGAACUGGCCAUAGAGGUGGCCCUACAGAAGAUCAGUGAGACUUGGGAGAUUACUGAGCUGGACAUUGGACCCUACAAGGACAAAGGUCACUUCAAACUGAGGUCCACUGAGGAGGUGUUCCAGUUCCUGGAGGAUGGCCAGGUUCAGCUGUCCACCAUGAAGGCAUCCAGGUUUGUGAAGGCAUUUGAGCAGGACGUGGACAGGUGGGAAAGGACGCUGUCACUGAUCAUGGAGACAGUAGAGAUGUUGUUGACUGUACAGAGACAGUGGAUGUACCUGGAGAAUAUUUUCCUGGGAGAAGACAUCAGGAAACAGCUGCCCAGGGAGUCAGCUGACUUUGAUGAAAUCAACAUCAGCUGGAAGAAGAUCAUGACAACCAUGAAUAAAGACAAGAAUGCUCUAAGAGCCACACACCAGCAAGGACUGCUGGAGAGGCUGACUCAGAUGAACAACAAGCUAGAGGAGAUCCAGAAGUCUCUGGACAUGUACCUGGAGACCAAGAGACAAAUCUUCCCCAGGUUUUACUUCAUCUCUAACGAUGACCUCCUUGAAAUCCUGGGCCAGUCUAAGAACCCCGAGGCUGUCCAACCACACCUGAAGAAGUGCUUUGAUAAUAUUAAUAAACUCAAGAUGGGAAAGACUGGUAUCACACAGAAGUGGGAGGCGGCUGGUAUGAGCUCUGCUGAUGGAGAGUACAUAGAGUUUGUCCACUCUGGAACACCUGUACAUGUCCUGCUGGACGGUCCAGUAGAGGCCUGGCUGUGUGACAUAGAGAGGACCAUGCGGACCACCCUCAAGGACGUGCUGAAGCAGUGCCGCGCGGCGCUGAAGAAGAGUCUGAGUAAGAGAGACAAGUGGGUGCGAGAGUGGUGUGGACAGAUGUGUAUUACGUCCAGUCAGAUGCAGUGGACACAGGACGUGACUAAAGCUCUGGCUACCUCUAAAGAGAGGGGAGAUAAGAAGGCUUUGAAGAGCUUAAAGAAGAAACAGGUCUCCAUGCUGUCCAAGUUCUCAGAAGCCAUCCGUGGCAACCUCACCAAGAUCCAGCGUCUAAAGAUUGUUGCCUUGGUAACCAUUGAGGUCCAUCAGCGUGACAUCAUAGAACAGCUGAUCAAGAGAGGCGUCAAUGAUGUCACGGCAUUUGAGUGGCUCAGUCAGCUCAGGCUUUACUGGGAGAAGGAUGUGAUAGAUGACUGUGUAGUGAGACAGACCAACACCAGUUUUCAGUAUGGAUACGAGUACCUUGGCAACUCGGGACGUCUGGUCAUCACACCCCUGACAGACAGAUGUUACAUGACCUUGACCACUGCCCUCCACUUACACAGAGGAGGUAGCCCCAAGGGGCCUGCAGGAACAGGAAAGACUGAGACCACCAAGGAUUUGGGCAAAUCCCUGGGAAACUACGUCAUUGUGGUGAACUGCUCAGAGGGCCUGGAUUACAAGUCUAUGGGGAGGAUGUUCUCUGGAUUAGCUCAGACUGGAGCCUGGGGCUGUUUUGAUGAGUUCAACCGUAUCAACAUUGAGGUGUUGUCAGUGGUGGCGCAGCAGAUUCUCUCCAUCUUGUCUGCCCUGGCGGCGGCCUCCAGGAGGUUUGUGUUUGAGGGAAGAGAAAUCAACCUGCAGUGGUCUUGUGGCAUCUUUAUUACCAUGAAUCCAGGUUAUGCUGGUCGUACAGAGCUACCAGACAACUUGAAAUCCAUGUUCCGGCCCAUCUCUAUGGUUGUCCCUGACUCCAACCUCAUUGCUGAGAUCACACUGUUUGGAGAGGGAUUCAACAACACCAAGGUGCUGGCUAAGAAGGUGUUCACUCUGUAUAGUUUGGCAGUUCAACAGCUGUCCAAGCAGGACCAUUAUGACUUUGGUCUCAGAGCUCUGGUCUCUGUGCUGAGAUAUGCUGGGAGAAAGAAGAGAUCUAACCCCAACAUGCCUGAUGAAGAGCUUCUGUUGCUGUCUAUGAAGGACAUGAAUGUGGCCAAGAUGACAGCUGUAGACUUGCCUCUGUUUAAUGGCAUUGUGUCUGAUCUGUUUCCUGGUGUAGACCUGCCAACCAUUGACUACUCCAAGAUGAAGACAGCCAUAGAGGAGGAGCUGCGUGCCUUUGGUCUCCAGACUAUUCCUAACACCAUCACCAAGGUGAUCCAGCUGUACGAGACCAAGAACUCACGCCACUCUGUUAUGAUAGUCGGGAAGACGCUGUCUGGGAAGUCAGUGACAUGGAGAGUCCUGCAGGCUGCCAUGGGGAGACUGCACAAGGCUGGAGACCCUGCGUUUAAUAUGGUGAAGGAAUUCCCCAUCAACCCCAAGGCUGUGUCGCUAGGAGAGCUGUAUGGAGAGUUUGACCUGAACACCAAUGAGUGGGCUGAUGGUGUGCUCUCUAGUGUGAUGAGGACAACUUGUGCAGAUGAGAAGCCAGAGGAGAAGUGGAUUCUGUUUGAUGGUCCUGUGGACACACUGUGGAUUGAGAGCAUGAACUCUGUGAUGGACGACAACAAGAUUCUCACCCUGAUCAAUGGAGAGCGUAUUGGAAUGCCUGAACAGGUGUCACUGCUGUUUGAGGUGGCUGACCUGUCUGUAGCCUCCCCAGCCACUGUGUCAAGGUGUGGCAUGGUGUACUAUGACUAUGUAGACCUAGGCUGGAGACCUUAUGUUGACUCCUGGCUGGAUAAGAAACCAGAUAAAACAAUGGUGGAGGAACUGAAGAGACUGUUUGAGAAGUACAUUGUGAAGAUCAUGGAAUUUAAGAAACAGCAGUGUAAGGAGCUGAUCCCCAUUGCUGAGCUGAAUGGAGUGAUUUCACUGUGCAAGCUGUUUGAUUGUAUGGCCAAACCAGAACUAGGGUGUGAUCCCAGUGACCAGGAGAACUAUGUCAGGAUGAUAGAGCUGUACUUCCAGUUCUGUAUGAUCUGGUCUAUCAUGGGUAGCGUGGACGAGGAGGGACGUAAGAGGAUUGACAACUACUUCCGUGAGAUGGAGGGCACAUUCCCCAACAAGGACUCCAUCUAUGAGUACUUUGUGGACCCUAAGAGUAAGACGUGGGUCCACUGGGAGGAGAGACUGAGGAGUGGAUGGAAGUAUAACCCAAGUGUACCGUUCUACAAGAUCAUUGUCCCCACAGUGGACACGGCCCGCUAUAACUUCAUUGUGUCAUCUCUGAUAGAGGCCCAGCACCCUGUCACCUUGGUGGGACCAGUGGGGACAGGGAAGACCUCUGUGGUACAGAGUGUCCUGGCCAAACUGGACCCCAAGCUGUAUAAUGUGCUGAUAGUGAACAUGUCUGCACAGACGUCCUCCAACAACGUCCAGGACAUCAUUGAGAGCCGUGUGGAGAAGCGGACUAAAGGCGUCUACGUCCCUAUUGGUGGGAAGAAACUCCUGACUUUCAUGGAUGACCUUAACAUGCCCGCCAAGGACCUGUUUGGCUCCCAGCCGCCGCUAGAGCUGAUCAAGUUGUGGUUAGACUACGGGUUCUGGUAUGACAGGCAGAAACAGACUGUAAAGUUUGUCAAGGACAUGUUCCUGCUGACUGCCAUGGGUCCCCCUGGUGGUGGCCGCACACAGAUCUCCACCAGACUGCAGAGCAAGUUUAACCUGCUCAACAUGACCUUCCCACAGGACUCCCAGAUCAAGCGUAUCUUUGGCUCUAUGAUCAACCAGAAGCUACAAGACUUUGAGGAGGAGGUCAAGCCAAUAGGAGAUGUGGUCACUCAAGCCACCCUGGAGCUGUACCAGGCCAUUGUUGGACGCUUCCUGCCCACUCCCACCAAAAUACACUACCUGUUCAACCUGAGAGAUAUCUCCAAGGUUUUCCAGGGCAUGCUGAGAGCCAAUAAGAACUACCAUGACACUAAGGCUGCCAUCACUAGGUUAUGGAUCCAUGAGUGCUUCAGGGUAUUCUCUGACCGUCUUGUGGAUACGUCUGACAUGGAGGCAUUCAUUGGCAUGCUGAGUGACAAACUUGGGACACUGUUUGAUACCACUUUCCAUGGGAUAUGUCCCAGCAAACAGCCUCCAAUAUUUGGUGAUUACAUGAACCCAGACAAUGUAUAUGAGGACAUUGCAGACAUAGGCAGUCUGAAGCACCACAUGACAGAGAUGUUGGAGGAGUAUAAUAACUCCCCAGGGGUCGUCCCCAUGGACCUGGUGCUGUUCAGAGAUGCUAUAGAACAUGUGUCUAAGAUAGUGCGUGUAAUCCGCCAGCCCCUGGGGAACAUGUUACUAAUAGGUAUAGGAGGCAGUGGAAGACAGAGUAUGUCUAGACUGGCUGCCAGCAUCUGUGAAUACAAGACAUUCCAGAUUGAAGUGUCUAAACACUACAGAAAACAGGAGUUCAGGGAUGACUUGAAGCGCCUGUACUGGCAAGCAGGAGUAGAGAACAAGCCCACGGUGUUCCUGUUCACAGACACACAGGUGGUGGAGGAGGGUUUCCUGGAGGACAUCAACAAUAUCCUCAGCAGUGGAGAGGUGCCCAAUCUCUACAAACCUGAUGAGUUUGAGGAGGUGCGCACUGCUCUGGCUGACAUAGCUAAGAAAGAAGGAAUAGAUGAUACGCCAUCUAACAUCUUUGCAUUUCUCAUUGAUCGUGUGCGUGCUAAUCUCCACGUGAUUUUGUGCAUGAGUCCAGUGGGAGAGCCUUUCAGGAACCGUAUUCGUAUGUACCCAGCCUUUGUAAACUGUACCACCAUUGAUUGGUUCAGUGAGUGGCCGCUAGACGCCCUGCUGGAGGUGGCUGGCAAGUACCUUGAGACAGUGGACCUGGGCGGGGAAGAAGGGCUCAAGCCCAGUCUAGCCAAGGUGUUUGCCAUUAUGCACAGGUCUGUCGCAGACUACAGCAAGAAGAUGUUAAAUGAGAUGAAGAGGCACAACUAUGUCACUCCUACCAACUACCUGGAGCUGGUGGCUGGAUACAAGAAGCUCCUAGCAGAGAAGAACAAGGAGUUGGGAGAUGCAUGUAACAAGUUGAAGAACGGCCUCAGUAAGAUUGACGACACUCGUACUAAGGUGGAGAAGAUGUCCAUUGACCUGGAGGAGGCCAAGACCAAGGUGGCACAGUUCCAGAAGGAGUGUGAAGAGUACCUGGUGGUCAUUGUACAGCAGAAGAGAGAGGCUGAUGAACAGCAGAAGUCUGUAGCCCAGAAGAGUGAGAAGAUUGGAGAGGAGGAAGUAAAGUGUCAACAUAUGGCUGACCUGGCCCAACAUGACCUGGACGAGGCUCUCCCUGCACUGGAGGAAGCUGUCAAGGCUCUAGAGUCUCUGAACAAGAAAGACAUGACAGAGAUCAAGUCAUAUGGACGUCCUCCACCUCUGGUAGAGAAGGUCAUGGAGGCUGUGAUGAUCCUCAGAGGACAGGAACCCACCUGGGCAGAGUCUAAGAAACAACUGGGUGAUGGUAACUUCAUCAAACAGCUGAUGAACUUUGACAAGGACAACAUCACCGACCGCGUGUUGAAGAAGAUUGGCCAGUAUGUGGCUCAACCUGACUUUAUGCCUGAAAUCAUUGGUCGUGUGUCCCUGGCUGCCAAGUCUCUGUGUAUGUGGGUUAGAGCAAUGGAGGUGUAUGGUAGGAUCUACAGGGUUGUGGAGCCCAAGAAGCAGCGUCUCAAUGCCGCCAUGUCCACUCUGAAGGAGAAACAAGCCGCCCUGGCUGAUGCCAAGAACAAACUGGCAGAGGUUGAAGCCAAGAUGGCAGAACUGAAGAAGCAGUAUGACGAGAAGCUCGCUCAGAAGGAAGACCUCAGGAAGAAAGCUGAGCAGACAGAACUUAUGUUGGACAGAGCAGCAAAACUAGUGUCAGGUUUGGCAGGAGAGAAAGUGCGCUGGGAGAAGACAGUCGGGGAACUGGAAGAAGCUAUGGGAUAUUUGGUAGGAGAUUGUUUGGUAGCAGCAGGCUUCCUCUCCUACAUGGGGCCCUUCCUGUCUGAGUACAGAGAGGCUAUGGUGACCAAGAGUUGGCUGACAGAGAUUAGUAAACUCCAGAUUCCAUGCUGUGCCGACUUUGACUUCUGUGCCUUCAUGGUGAAACCAACACAGGUCAGAGACUGGAACAUCCAAGGCCUUCCUAACGAUGCCUUCUCCACGGAGAAUGGUGUCAUCGUCACCCGAGGGAACCGCUGGCCGCUGAUGGUGGACCCCCAGGGGCAGGCCAUCAAGUGGAUCAAGAAUAUGGAGAUGUCCAAGGGUCUGAAGAUCAUAGAUCUCCAGCAGAGUGACUACAUGAGAACUCUGGAGACCAGUGUCCAGUACGGACUGCCUGUUGUCCUGCAGAAUGUCCAGGAGAGACUGGACCCCUCACUGGACCCUAUACUGACCAAGGCUGUCAAGAAGAUGGGUGGCGCCUGGAUGAUCAAGCUGGGAGACAAAGAGGUGGAGUACAACUUUGACUUCCGCUUCUACAUCACCACCAAGCUCAGCAACCCUCACUACGCUCCAGAGAUUGCUGCCAAGACACAGAUUGUCAACUUUGCUGUCAAGGAGCAAGGUCUGGAGGCUCAGUUGUUGGGUAUUGUGGUGAGAAAAGAGAGACCAGAGUUGGAGGAACAGAAGGACAGCUUGGUGAUCAACAUUGCUGCUGGAAAGAAGAAAAUUGCAGAACUGGAAGAUGAGAUCCUGAGGUUGCUGAAUGAGACCAAAGGUUCCCUGCUGGAUGAUGAACAACUGGUGAACACUCUGCAGACAUCUAAGACCACCUCACAGGAAGUUACGGAACAGCUCCAGAUUUCUGAGCUCACAGAGGUCAAGAUUGACGCCGCCAGAGAGGGUUACCGUCCAUGUGCCCAGAGAGCGUCCAUCUUGUUCUUUGUGCUGAAUGACAUGGGCCGUAUUGACCCCAUGUACCAGUUCUCUCUGGAUGCCUACAUUGAACUGUUCAACCUGUCCAUUGACAAGUCUCAGAGGAGUUCCAAACUGGAAGAGAGGAUUGUUAACCUGAAUGAGUACCAUACCUAUGCUGUGUACAGGUACACAUGUCGUGGUCUGUUUGAGCGUCACAAGCUGCUGUUCUCAUUCCAAAUGUGUGCCAAGAUCCUGGAGGCUUCUGGGAAAUUGAACAUGGAUGAAUACGCCUUCUUCCUCAGGGGCGGAGUGGUGAUGGACAGAGAGAACCAGAUGGACAACCCCUGCUCUCAGUGGCUUAAUGACAAUGCCUGGGAUAACAUCACGGAGCUGGACAAACUCACCAACUUCCACGGCGUCAUCCAGGCCUUUGAGCAGUAUCCACGGGACUGGAAUGUCUGGUAUACCAGCUCUGAGCCUGAGACUGCCGCCUUGCCUGGUGAAUGGGACAACUCUUGCAAUGAGCUCCAGCGCAUGUUGAUUGUGCGCUCCCUGCGCCCUGACCGUGUGUCUUUCUGCUCCACAUCCUUCAUCAUCAACAACCUGGGGUCAAAGUUCACGGAGCCGCCAGUAUUGGACAUGCAGGCAGUGGUGGAAGAUUCCACGACCAAGUCUCCACUGAUCUUUGUGCUCUCCCCUGGAGUGGAUCCCACUAGUUCUCUGCUACAGCUGGCAGAGGCGCGUGGUAUGGCGCACAGGUUCCAUGCUCUGUCUCUAGGCCAGGGACAGGCUCCCAUAGCCACCAGGAUGAUCAAAGAGGGAGUCAGAGAGGGUAACUGGGUUUACCUAGCCAACUGUCACUUGUCAUUAAGUUGGAUGCCCACUUUGGACAAGCUGGUAGAACAGCUGCAGAUUGAGGAGCCCCAUGAGGAAUUCCGCCUGUGGCUCAGCAGCUCUCCCAACCCACAGUUUCCUAUUUCCAUCCUCCAGGCAGGCAUUAAAAUGACCACUGAGCCUCCUAAGGGACUGAAAGCCAACGUAAAGCGUCUGUACCACCUGAUCACUGAGCAGCAGUUUAAUCGCUGCAAGAAGCCAGAGAAGUACAAGAAGCUGCUGUUCUGUCUCUGCUUCUUCCAUUCCAUCCUUAUUGAGAGGAGAAAGUUCUUGAUGUUAGGAUGGAACAUCCCGUAUGAUUUCAAUGAUUCAGACUUUGAGGUCUCAGAGAACCUGCUCAGCAUCUAUCUGGAUGAGUAUGACGAGACUCCAUGGGACGCUCUCAAAUAUCUCAUUGCUGGCAUCAACUACGGAGGUCAUGUGACUGAUGACUGGGACAGACGUCUCCUCAUGACGUAUAUCACUGAUCUGUUCUGUGAGGCUGCCAUUGCUCAGCCGUUCUUCAAGUUGUCUUCCCUCCCCACAUACUAUGUCCCUAAGGAUGGCCCUCUGUCCUCCUACAAGGAGUAUGUGAGUAUGUUACCCAACAUGGACCAUCCCGAGGCGUUUGGACAGCACCCAAAUGCUGACAUCACCUCACAGAUCCAGGAGACCAGGAUGUUGUUUGAAACUCUGCUGUCGCUGCAGCCACAGACCUCGGCAGCUGCUGGAGAGAGUAGAGAAGACAAGGUUCUGGACCUGGCUGGCAAGAUUAUGGAGCAGCUGCCAGAGAACAUUGACUAUGAGGGCACAGCAAAGAUCCUGUCUGUGGAUCCCUCCCCUCUCAAUGUGGUACUGCUACAAGAGAUUGAGCGUUAUAAUGCCCUGCUGGACACCAUCCGUACGUCGCUAAUUGCGCUGGAGAAGGCGAUCCAAGGUCUGGUUGUGAUGUCAUCAGAACUGGAGGACAUCUUCCAGUGCAUGUUUGACGGCAGGGUGCCACCUAGCUGGGAAAAUGCGUAUCCGUCCAUGAAACUGCUGGGCUCGUGGACACGUGAUCUCAUGCAGCGCGUAGAACAGUUUGAGAAGUGGGCGACGACGGCACAUCCUCCAGUGAUUUUCUGGAUGUCUGGGUUCACCUUCCCCACCGGGUUCCUCACUGCAGUGCUGCAGACUUCUGCUAGAUAUCACAAUGUGUCUGUAGACUCACUGUCCUGGGAGUUCACUGUGAUGACAGUAGAUGACUCCAAUAUAACAGGUGCCCCUAAGGACGGAGUGUUAAUCCGGGGGCUGUUCCUGCAGGGGGCUGGCUGGGACAAGAAGAAUGCCUGUCUCAUUGAGGCAGAACCUAUGCAGCUGGUUUGUCCUAUACCCACCAUACACUUCAAACCUGUGGAGAACAAGAAGAAGAGUGGGAAAGGUCUGUACCAGUGCCCAUGUUACUACUACCCUAACCGUGCCGGCAGGACAGGGAGAGCCAGCUUUGUGGUUGCCGUGGACCUCAAGUGUGGCGAGAAAUCUUCAGACCACUGGGUGAAGAGAGGCACUGCACUACUCAUGAGUCUGGACACAUAGACAGACACUAGGGAAGGAGAGGAGGGAGAACAGGGUUCUGGGAAUUCACACAAAUUAUUGCAGUGACAGUAUUCAUUGGAAGAGUCAAAUUUGUGUUCAGGGGAAAAGGUGAACUGCAAGUUUAAGAAGAAACUUUGCCAAGAACAAUAUUUUCCAUUAAGAAGAUGUAUGAACUGAAAAGUGAUAUUUUUGGAUAAAAAGUUUUAGAAAGAAAUGAUCUAAAAAGACUAGCUUAAACAAACCAGGUUUUUAUUUAUUUUUUUUUUAUUUGUGAACAACUGAAUGUUUGUUAUAUAAGUGCAGUGUUUAGCUAAGGUUAGCUGUCACUUACCAUAACACUUUUAAUUUGCCAGAUCCACUGAAGCUUUCCGCGUUUUCACAUAAUAUUGUGAAUAAUUGAUAGUUAAGCAUACAUUUUUUUCUUUAUUUUGAAAUGCUGUUUUUAUUGAGAAAUGAUGUAUGAAUUUCUUUUUGUUGAUUUCUUAUAGGGUGAAGAUAUUUCUAAUUGUCAUUUGAAAUUGGCUUUACAUGUAAAUAUCCAGCUGCAGUGAGAUAUCAAAAGUCAGUAGAGAAAUUUAGACCUCAGUCCCAUUUUCCAACAAUAACAUUUCUCUCAGGAGCUGUUUUGUAUACGACCCUUUUUCUAGUAGAAAUAGUGCCACAAACAAUUCCGUCCCUUGAAGUUGUCCAUCUAAAAGACUGGAGCACACUUGCUGCAGUGUAUAAACAUUAUUUCUUAUUGUAUUGAUGUUUUAUGAUAUUUAUAUUGAAGAAGUUUUCAUUUUAAUCUGAGAAAUAACUGUGAUAGUAGAAGUAGUAGUAUCUGUUGUACAUACAAGUGAAAGUUGUAGCGUUUGUUUGUUUUUAACCUUGAAUUGUGAUUAUAAACAAUUUAAGAGUCAAAUCCGCCCACUCAGUUAUUGCCAAAUGAUGUACAUACAGUAUGUUUUAAAAUAAUAGGAUUGUGAGGGUUUUGUUCUUUCAAUCCUCUUUGCAUUUAGAAUUUUUUGAAUAAAAAAAGAAGUUGAAUAAAAAUAUAUUUGCACAUGU